CGCUCAGGGUGUGAGGAGACUGCUGAGGAAAACAUUCUUUUAUUUAGUUCCUUCACUCAUUUAUCUUCCUCCCCCCGUCUCUUUGCCUGACUGGCUGCUGAGCUGACUGACUGCCUGGAUGGUUGGCUCCCCCUCUCGCUGGACACAAACUGGCAGUUAACUCACGCACCGCGGGAGCUGCGUUGAGGCUGGAGACACUCGGGCUGCUCGGCUGUGGAAAGUAGGAUCUCCGCUAGGUUUCUAUCUCUUUCUGUUUUGGUGGACUAUUAGAUGAGAGCAGAGGAGAUCUCUGUCUCCUCCAGCACUGCCCCCCAUCAUCACUAUUGUGUUGCAUCCAUGACUUUACACACCUGGCUGGUGUAUGGGCUUGGAUCUAUCUUGGUUUGGGCACUCUACUUGAAACAGGUCCAGGCGCUGCAGUGCUAUGGCUGCAACAUCAUCCAGGGCCAGAGGUAUGUUGACGUGGGCUGCUCCAACCCAGAGGUCAUCACCUGCACUCAUUCACACCGAGGCUUCAAACACCGCUUCUGCAUCAAGACAGAGAGCACGGCCUUGGGUAUUGUCCUGACCAGUGGUUGUGCCACAUCCAGACACUGCCAGCAACAUGAGCUACCAGGGGUGCGCAUCCACUGCUGUGACUCAGACCUGUGAAACAGCGCCCCCUCCUGGCGCCCAAGCACACUACACUACAUCUGUGCACUGGUCAGCAUCUUGCUGCUGACGAUGUGGUUGUGAUAUGGAGUCAAUCUGGAGAGGAACAUACCGCCGAUGGAAUAAUGGUGGGAAAUAACAGGUGUCAUCUCUUCGCUUAGAUGCUCACGUUUAGAGAUGAAUGGGAGUUUUACUCUGUGUGGUGUUCCUGGCUAGCACCUUGAAACAGUAGCUUUUAUCACAUUGUUACCUUGGAGCUACAGUCAAAGGGAUGGCACAAUAACCCUGUUUCAUCCUAAUAACAAUGAAGCAGCUUGCAGUCAUCAGUGAAUUUAGUGUGAAGAUCUACUCACUUAAAUGUAGCUUAAAGUACAUUAUAGGAUAUUAUGGGCCAUUUGUUGCCAUGCAUGAAAGAAAGGUCUUAGAGUCAUAAUGUCAUUUAUUAAACAGUGUUCAGUGUGAGACAUAUCUAUAUUUUCUUCGUUACGGAUUUCAUUCUGUUUCUCAAGAUCACAUCUUUGCUGUGCAGUAUUUUCUUUUAAAGUCACAUAUUUACCUUGCAAAGUUUAAGAUAUUUGUUGUUUGCUGUCCAGUUCUCCAGGGUAUGUUUGGGAAAGCACACUGCAUGUGGUUGUAUGUAAAACUAUAAGAAAUAUUGUACAGUGAAAGCAUGUAAUGUUGUGAAUUACUGGAUUAAAAUGUUUCAUA